AUGGAAGCUCCCGUGGGAAUGAGCGAUCGCAGUGUACUGAUGUUUGAGUACCUGGUCGAAGUUGGGUUAAGGCCUCAGACCGUCUGGACGUGCAGUUGGACGGGCGGACAGUGUCAGACGGGCGGACAGUGUCAGACGGGCGGACAGUGUCAGACGGGCGGACAGUGUCAGACGGGCGGACAGUGUCAGACGGGCGGACAGUGUCAGACGGGCGGACAGUGUCAGACGGGCGGACAGUAUCAGACGGGCGGACAGUAUCAGACGGGCGGACAGUAUCAGACGGGCGGACAGUAUCAGACGGGCGGACAGUAUCAGACGGGCGGACAGUAUCAGCCGGGCGGACAGUAUCAGACGGGCGGACAAUACCAGCCGGGCGGCAGCACUGCUAAAUAUACUUCAGGUGGCAGCACUGCUAAAUAUACUUCAGGUGGCAGCACUGCUAAAUAUACUUCAGGUGGCAGCACUGCUAAAUAUACUUCAGGUGGCAGCACUGCUAAAUAUACUUCAGGUGGCAGCACUGCUAAAUAUACUUCAGGUGGCAGCACUGCUAAAUAUACUUCAGCAGCGCUAAAUAUACUUCAACGUGGCAGCAGCGCUAAAUAUACUUCACGUGGCAGCACUGCUAAAUAUACUUCACGUGGCAGGAGCGCUAAAUAUACUUCACGUGGCAGCAGCGCUAAAUAUACUUCACGUGGCAGCAGCGCUAAAUAUACUUCACGUGGCAGGAGCGCUAAAUAUACUUCACGUGGCAGCAGCGCUAAAUAUACUUCACGUGGCAGGAGCGCUAAAUAUACUUCACGUGGCAGCAGCGCUAAAUAUACUUCACGUGGCAGCACCGCUAAUAUACUUCACGUGGCAGCAGCGCUAAAUAUACUUCACGUGGCAGAAGCGCUAAAUAUACUUCACGUGGCAGCAGCGCUAAAUAUACUUGCCGCUAAAUAUAUCCACAACAG